AUGAUACAAUCAAAAAUGAUAGAAAAAGAAGAUGAACUUGUGUGUUCAAUGAAUCAUAAACUUCCAAUUUCAAUGGUUGUUUUUGAUAAAAGUUUAGAGAAUAAAAAAAAACUUUUAUGCAAUGAAUGUAUAGAUAAUUUAGAAUCUAAACUAAAUAAUUCUAUAAGUUUUAAAAAAGUUGCUUUAUUAAUUGAAGAAAAUCAAAAGAAGAAGUUAGAAUUAGUGGAAUAUUUUAUCAUGACAAAUAGAUAAUAGAUUGAAGAAAUUUAGAAGAAAUUACAUGAAUUGAAAUCAUGCCUCAUCUAGUAAUUAGAUUAGCUUAUUGGGAACACAGAAGAAUGGAUCAAAUGUUUAUACUAAAUUGGAUAAUAGAAUGCCACUUACAGUUUCUAUGAAGAAUUGGAUAGACUUAUUAAUUAAACUAAAAUUUCAGAACUUUAUUAUCAACCUUUAGUUAAUUAAAUCACUUUAAUUAAUCACUCCUGGAAUGAAAAGAUAAUAAAGAAAUUGAAUUAAUUUAAAUAAUUUGAAUUGGUUUAGAAGUGUGAACAAUUAUUAAUAAAUUUAAAUAAUAUUAAUUAAGAAUAGAACUUAAUGAUGUAAACUAAUCUUUUUCAAGGUUAUUAACAUAUUGAUAAUUUGAUAAUAAAUUAUAGUAAUGUUCAAUUUAAGUUAAUUGAUGAUUUCAAUGAAUAGAUUAGUUUAAGUUAUUAAAUAGUAUUUAAUAAAUUUGGAACAAUUAUGAUAUCGAUUGAUAGUUUUGAUAUUAAAGUUUGGGAUUUUAAUUAAGGAAGGUUAAAAUUAUAAAAUCGGAUUUAGGUACACCAAUCUUCAGUUAAAUGUUUAGUAUAUAGCAAAAAGGUGAAUUGUUUUAUAUCUGGUUCUGAUGACAAAUCAAUCAUAUGUUGGAAAUAGAUUAAUAACAAUGAAUGGAUGAGAUCAUAACUAUAUAAAUAUCAUACUGAUUGGGUUUUAUGUUUAAUUCUAAAUAAACAAGAAGACCAACUUAUUUCAGGCGGUAGAGAUAAUUCAAUAAAAGUCUGGAAUGUAGAUUUUAUAUAGAAUGAGCUUAGAUAUCUUUAUUCUUUAGAUAAUACUUGGCCUGUAUUUUCAUUAAGUUUUAAUUAAUCUGAGACUUUUUUAGCAUCCUGUGCAGAAAAACAUUUUUUAAUAUGGAAAAAAGGAGUCAAAGAUAAAUGGAAAUUAAAAUGUAAAUAAUAGAUUAGUAAGGGAUACUAAAUCUAAUUUAUCAAUGAUCAAUAAUUUCUUUGGGUGACAAAAGAUUAAAAUAUUGAUUAAAUAAUGAUAUUUGAAUUGUAGGGUCAAGUCUUCAAAGAAAAGUAAGACAAAGUGAUUUAAUUAAAUUCAAAUCAUCUAUGUGAGGAUUAUUGGAUUAAUUUCCCUGUAGUAUAUAAUCAAGAUAAAAAUUUGCUAUUGGUUAGACAUAAACAUCAUAUUUAUCUUUUUAACAAAUUAAAUGAAGACAACUUUAAAAUUAUAGGAUCAUUAAAUUGUGAUCAUCGCAAUAUCUAUGGAACAAUGACUGAUAAUGCAUAGUAUUUAGUAUUUUGGGAUGGAAAAUAACAGAAAUAUCAUUCUUAUGAGUUAAUAUAUAGAUGA